AUGGAGAUCAACGGAGUCUCGUUACAUCACAACACCACACAUGGCGGCGCACCACAGCCCACAGCGGCUUUCAAUGGCACCGGCGGAGGCACGCACGCGCCCCACAAGAUGAUGAUGAUGCACAUGACGUUCUUCUGGGGAAAAAACACACAAGUCCUCUUUUCGGGUUGGCCCGGAUCGAGCCCCGCCAUGUACGGGUUGGCCCUGGUCUUCGUCUUCUUCCUUGCCGUGCUCGUCGAGUGGUUCUCUCACUGCAAUCUGGUCAAUCCCGACUCGAACAGGCUCGCUGCGGUGCUGUUCCGGACAGGGUUGUACGCGGUCCGAACCGGGUUCUACUACAUGGUGAUGUUGGCGGUGAUGUCGUUCAACGUCGGGUUCGCGAUUUUCGGUAGUCGGGUCUUUAAGAAGUAA